CCAAACUGACUGCCCAUGCACUGCUUCUAUUCGGAGCGCUCAAUUGGAAAGGAUUCCACUUACAUUUGGUUAGAAUUUUGAAUGGUGACAUUUUCUCUUCCUCGAUAAUGUUGGGUACAGUAAAAAUGGAAGGACAUGAAACACCGGACUGGAGCAGCUACUACAGUGAAGCCCAAGAGGUAUAUCCAUCAGUGCCAAAUAGCAGCAUGAAUUCGGGACUUGGCUCCAUGAACUCAAUGAACACCUACAUGAGUAUGAACAGCAUGUCCACCAGUGGCAAUAUGACAGCCAGCUCCUUCAACAUGUCCUACGCCAACACUGGACUUGGGGCCGGUUUGAGCCCCAGUACCAUGUCAGGGAUUUCUAGUGCCACCAACGCUAUGAAUGGGAUGGCAACCGGGAUGUCAGCAAUGGGCACAGCACUUAAUCCAGCGAACAUGAACGCUAUGUCAGCGCAACAAGCUUCCAUGAACGCAUUAACCCCAUAUUCCAGCAUGAGCCCCGCUAUGAGCCCCAUGGCGUAUGGCCAGCAAAACAUGAACAGGACAAGGGAAACCAAGACCUUCAGAAGAACUUAUCCUCAUGCCAAGCCUCCAUAUUCCUACAUAUCCUUAAUCACAAUGGCUAUCCAACAGUCUCCAAGCAAGAUGCUCACGCUAAGCGAAAUCUACCAGUGGAUCAUGGACCUUUUCCCAUAUUAUAGACAAAACCAGCAAAGGUGGCAGAACUCUAUUCGUCAUUCGCUUUCAUUCAAUGAUUGUUUUAUCAAAGUGGCCAGAUCACCAGAUAAACCCGGCAAAGGGUCCUAUUGGGCACUGCACCCGGACUCGGGAAACAUGUUUGAAAACGGCUGUUACCUUCGCAGACAGAAACGUUUUAAAUGUGAUAGAAGGUUAUCCAAAUCGUCACAGGAUGGUAGAAAAGACCAGUCGAGCAGUUCUGGGUCGCCCCCUCACGAAAGCAACAACAGCAAAUCUGGCCAAAUAGAAUCGAGUUCUAUCUCUAGUUCAAACCAGUCCUCCAGCCCUCAGACCAUGGAACACACCAGAGUGAGGACAGGCACUGAGCUAAACGCGAGCGCGGCAGCGGUACAUACCGCUGUCAGCUCUGCUACGGCCCUGGCAUCAGUCCCUGUGGCCCCUCACUCCCUCUCUCACGAGUCCCAACUCCAUCUUAAGGUCGAUCCCCAUUAUUCUUUCAACCACCCCUUUUCCAUUAAUAACCUAAUGUCAUCUCCAGAGCAGCAGCACAAGCUCGAUUUGAAAGCUUAUGAACAGGCUUUGCAAUAUUCAUCCUAUGGGUCUGGCAUCUCUGCCAGUCUGCCUCUUGGCAGUGCCUCCAUGGUCGGCAGAAGCAACAUGGACCCUUCGGCACUGGAUCCGUCUUACUAUCAAGGUGUGUAUUCCAGACCUGUUCUGAACACUUCCUAGUCUCCCUCUACUCGAUACGGUACCGGAGAUUCUAAAUAAAUAAAUAAAUAAAUAAACUCUUAUUUUAUUUUGCACGCAUUGAGUGCAAAGGGACUGUUACUUUAUUAUUGUAUAAAAAAUAUGUGUAUGUAUAAAAAUAUGUAUACUGUAAAGUUUUGCCAUGAGAAUGAUUGUGUAAUACCCGUCUAAAACAAUGCAGGUGUUCUGCAGGACGUAUUAAACCUUUGCGAUUGUAAAUUACGCUGUGUGGUGUCCCCCCCCGGUCCCCC